ACGGUAACGUCGACUUUGUGAAGCAUUUUUCUGCACACCUCCCCCUAAAAAAAUAUCUAAAGAAAAAAAGGAAUAAUCUCAGAGUUAUAUGAUAUGAGCUUUUCGUACAAUAGCAAAAGCUACCAAAUCUUCCGAUCACGGUACUAAAUAACCAAUGGAGAGCAUCGAAUCUUCAGGUGGUCCUCCGCCGCCACAACCUAACCUUCCUCCAGGAUUCCGUUUUCACCCUACAGACGAAGAGCUCGUGGUUCACUACCUCAAACGCAAAGUGGCCUCCGCUCCUUUACCUGUCGCCAUCAUCGCCGAAGUUGAUCUCUAUAAGUUCGAUCCAUGGGAACUUCCUGCAAAGGCUUCUUUUGGAGAACGAGAAUGGUAUUUCUUCAGCCCUAGAGACCGGAAGUAUCCAAACGGAGCGAGGCCAAACAGAGCGGCCACGUCGGGAUACUGGAAGGCGACGGGGACUGAUAAACCGGUUCUUGCCUCCGACGGUAAGCAGAAGGUGGGCGUGAAGAAGGCACUUGUCUUCUACAGUGGAAAGCCUCCAAAAGGAGUUAAGAGCGAUUGGAUCAUGCAUGAGUAUCGUAUCAUCGACAACAAACCAAACUACAGACCACCUGCAUGUGACUUCGCUAACAAGAAUAGCUCUCUCCGGCUUGAUGAUUGGGUGCUAUGUAGAAUCUACAAGAAGAACAACGCAAGUCGACAUGUGGAUAACGAUAAGGACGAAGGUAUGAUUGAUUAUAUCUUCAGAAAAGUUCCUCCCUCAUCAUCAAGUGGACUCCACCACAACGUCUCUAGGUCAAUGAAUAUCUUCCCGGGGAAGUCCUCCGUUGGUUACGGGAUUUUCUCCGACGGUGAUUCCGGUUUGUACGACGGAAGAAGCAUGUUCUGCAGCAACGGAGCCGGUUCAGUCAAUAUCAAUGUCUCUAAUGGUAAUCCUAAUGGUUUGAAUCCUGCUUCUUCCUCUGGACCCAUGAUAAUGAUGGCGAAUAUGAAACGAGCUCUUUGGCCUGUAGCCGAGGAAGAGCAGGAUGCAUCUCCGAGCAAACGGUUUCACAGCGUAGAAGGUGGAGACUGUUUGAACAUGUCUUCUUCAGUGAUGGAGGAGACUCCUCCACUGAUGCAUCAGCAAGGUGGUGUGUUAGGGGAUAAUGGGUUAUUAAGAACGGCGUCGUAUCAACUUCCUGGUUUAAACUGGUACUCUUCUUAAGAAAACGGUUUGUGUUUCGCCGUGUGCAAAAUUUACCGGUCAUUUGCAUCAUAUACUUUGAGAUUCGUUUAUAUGUUUUGGGUUUAAUUAAUUGGUCAUAGGGGUUAAAGGAAAAAGGUUUAGAGAGGGGGACAAGUGAGGCAUAUAUCAUAUUCAAACAUAGUCUUAUUUAAAAGUACAAUUUUUAUUUAUUUAAAUGAUUGUGUAAAAAAUUAUACAUGCUUAGAUGUUCAUAAAUAGUUUGUAUUAUUGUAUAGAUUAAUAUAGUCCAUCCUACCAAUUAUAUUUUGAGUGUGUAUUUUAUUGUGGGAAUUGAUUAAGGAGUGAUAAACAAACAGAUGUGCAACUCUGUAAUUUUAUAUAUGAUCAAAAUAUUUACAUA